AUGUCUAAUAAUAAUAAUCAACAAUCUACAUCAUUGGAAAGCGGAAUACCAACUGUAGGAUCUAUUGUUUGGGCUGCAGGACGUACACGCGCACAACAAGCAAUUAAUCUUUAUGCUAAUCUUGAUUAUCUUCGUCCAUAUUUUGAUGUUGAACCAAGAGAAGUUAUUCAACGAUUAAUUCGUUCAUUAAUUCCACGACGAUUAUCUCAAGAAAAUAUUAAACCUGAGUUAUAUGGGCCAUCAAUGAUUGUAUUUACAUUAGCAGCUAUUCUUAUUUAUCAAAUGAAAUUAUCAAGUCAUUCCGUUCAAGAUGGUACAUUAAUUGGUACAAGUUUUCUUGUUUGUUUUGGUUAUUGGAUUGGUUCAAGUUUUGCUAUAUCAUCUUUUUCAUUUAUUUUUAAUACACAACUUAGUCUCAUGCAAGUUCUUAGUAUUAAUGGUUAUGCUCUAUUCAGUCAUUGUAUUGUUUUAUUUCUUGCUACAUUUAUUCAUACGGGUUAUGAUCAUCUUUUGUUCUAUGGUCUUUGGGCAAUUGUUGGUGGUACAGCAGCACUUCGAAUGGCGUUAAUUAUAAUGUGCCGAACAGAUAAUCCCCGUUAUCGUUUUCUUCUUGGUCUUGCCAUUGCAGCAAUUCAUAUGAUCUUUUUACUUUAUCUUCAUUUUGCAUAUCAUACAAUGGCUGAAACUGUUGCUCAUGCAUUAAAUAACGAAUCCAUUGAUGCAACUAUUAAACCAUUUUCAAUUGUUCUUUUCGAAGAAACAAAAUCCAAACUUCUAACUCAACAUACUCGUAGUGUUCUUACAAAUUCCAGUAAAAUUACAACAAUCUAUUCUUCAACAUCAACUACAAUUGUUAAAGCAUAA